ACUAUAAGGCCCUAUUUGCAGACAAUUAUUUAUGAAUUAUUGUGCAUAUACCAAUUAGAGCAUGUUGUGUGUUUAUCAACACUUACAGGAAAUAAAACAUUAAGAUACACAGUGUGUUGCUCACAAGUAUUAGAUAUAUAUCAGCGGAUACUGCUUAAGUGGAUGUUGUAUUCCUUAACCGGAUUUAAAUAUAACACUGUAGUAAUAAUACUGGAAUUUCGUUACGUAACAGUUCUAAACUUGGCACAGUACUGUCUUUCGUGGAAGUUAAAUGUGAUCAUGGAUCAGUAUUCGACUGAACAGAGACGUAACAUACCGAAACACCAUCUCAAGUGGCUUAAUCAAAGUGUCUGAAUAGUGAUUAAUUACGUGCUUUGUAUCGAACAGCACCAUGGAUCCCUUUUACAAGAAAGUUCUCCAGCGAAACCACACAUUGCUAAUAAACGAUGUUAACCUCCGGAGCACCAAUAUCCUCGACCUGUUGAGAGAAGAUAGUCUACUCAGUUCCAACGAGGAAGAGACUAUCAUGUCAGAAAGAAACACUCGAACCCAGAAUACAAAACUUCUCAACAUUCUUAAAAAGCGGGAUCCUUCAUUGAAACCUUACGAUAGAUUUAAGCAAGCUUUGCAAAAUGAUUAUGACUUUAUUGUAUGCAGACUUGAAAAAAGUGAAACUGAUUUGAUAGACGCCAUAUCCUCCUCUGAAGUAGAAAAUGUUUGUAUCCACUGCCAGCUUACAAAGAAUCUCAUGCCCUCGGACAUAUCGCAUACUCUCUAUGAAAGUGAAGUGCUUACAGAUGAUGAUUUGGAUGAUCUCAAUAAUGAAAAUGUGCCUAGAAUAGAACGAGUAAAUAGAUUACUUCGAGUGCUGCAAGGAAAGAGGGACCAAUACGGAACACUGGUGCACUUAAAGCGAAGUUUGUCGUCGAAAUAUAAAUACUUGGUACGAGAUAGCGAUUCGAUGGAUUUAAAUACAUACACUCUCUGCAAGUGCCCUAAAACAAUUAAUCAGCCAAAUCUUAUUCCUCACCAAACAAACGUAUGUACUCGCACAGACUUACAGUUUCCAUCAGUGCAUCACAACGUAUUUGCUCAGAAUCUGAAUGAUUUGAGCAGGACUAGAUUCAGCGUACAGAAAACGCACAGUUCUGGCGAGCAACGUAAUAUAUCACUUGAAAUUAAUACUCCUGUUAUAAGAACGGAAUGCUUGGAGAACACAGAAAUUGAUAUUGCCAAUUCAAGUCUUACUGACAACGUACCUCCAUUUUCGGACAUACAAAGUUUGGUCACAAUGGAGGAUUCUGUACGGCAACGCCUGAUAACACGUAAGUCAAUUGCGCAUGAACAGUGCUGUUGUGAAAUCAUAUGUGGUAAUACAAUCGUCUCUAGAGGAACCGCUGCCGAUCGUGCUUGUGAAUGCAGUUGGAUCGGGCAAUUUCCUGAUGAAAAUAAGUCGAUUACAAAUGAAGAAUCUGUCAAGUUUAUAAACAUGUUUAGGGAGGCUUGUAAUAAUGAACCUUCAAAAAAUGCGUUCGUCGAAAAACAAUGUCCUCUUGAUAAAGUAAAACAGCCUUGCAGUAAUUUUAAAGUAUUCUGUAAAGAUAAUAGAGAACACAAAAAGGUGAAACGAAAGAGGUCGAAAACCCAAGCGCAGGCUCUUGAUUUUGUGGAUGGAAAUCCUGAUGAAACUAAACCAAACGAUAGCGGGUCCGAAAAAAAAUCACCGACACAUGAACUCCAUUUAAAUAACCAGAAACGGUUAGGUGAACUAUCUAUUGCUCAACAUGUUGUGAGAGCUCUUCCGAACAAUAAACGGCUUUUGAAAAAAUGUUCAAAGCUAUGGGACCAAUUAUUCUUUCUCCGAGAAAAAGGGGAAUGGUCAACAUUUAAUCUUGUGACUAAAAAAGCAUUUGAAAAGUUUAGUGACAAUCCAGAUAUUGUGGUCUUAUUAUUUCGCAGUGAAAUGUGUAUUUCAACAUUUUAUAAAAAUGAUCAAACAAAAGCUUUGGAGAUGUUUGAAAAAGCUAUGGAACAUUUGCCAAAAACCGAAAUGCCGAACUGGCAUUUAACCCGGAUUUUGCCCUUAAAAGUGGAACUUUGCACACGUUCAAAUAAGUUUGAAGAAGCCUCAAGCUUGUUAGAAGACGCAAAGCAAGCCAUGCAGUCAUUAGGGCCAUGUCUCUCUACGGGGGCCGUGUACUUUUUCGAGGCCAUUUAUUUGGGAAGCAUUCUCCAGUGUACAAGAAGUGACACAAAGGCAGCCGCCGGCAUAACCCAGCAGGUGAAGCAAUGUUUCCUCACAGCAAUAGAGCAUUACCAACAGGAGGAGGUGUUUGCAAUUAAAUCAUUUUUGAACCAGGUGUAUUUGUUUCUAGCACUGUUUUCACUUGGGGUAGACUUUCGAAAGAUUAAAUAUAUCCAGUUACUUGACGUCAAAAGGGAAGACAUUUCACUUGCUGAACAUUACUUGAAUAUCUUUGAGAACAAUUGUUGGGAGAACUCCACGACCUGGUCACGAAUGUUGUUUUACAUUGGUCGUGGGGAACAACAUAAGCAGCUCACUAACCUAGAAAGAAGUGUCGACUACUUUAAGCAAGCUAAGGCCUGCUCAGAAAAUGGAAAGUUCGGCGAACAUGUGAGGUUUAUAGAAACAAACAUUGAUGCAUUGGGUGCAAAAUUAGAAGAACGCGUCCAGUUGCAAACCCUUCUGGCGGGAUCCAUGACUGCCGAUGAAAUUUUGCAAAGAUUGCUUGAAAGUUCAAGCGAUUCCGGGACGUCGUCUUAAUUUCUGUACUGAAGUGUAUGCUGGAUUUGCACAGCAAUUGCUUAAACAGGUGGAUACCGUUUACGUGCCAACACACUUGUUUGGUUGCAAAUCAACUGUUACCUGCUGUCUUCAUUGCUGCAGUUAUACUUACUUAACAUUUUGUGCGCACUAUAGCUUUUAUGUGGUUAAAAUGUGAUCUCAAUACCGUGUAUCUGUCAGCAUUUUGUGAUAUAUAGACAUGCAUGACAGUUUUGCACUGCUGUACUUUAAUAUUUCUAGUAACAACAAGUUAUGUGUAUGACUACAGAAAUUCAUUUUUUUUAAUUCUAUAUUUAAAACAUUUCUCUGAACGAUUAAGAAAUUCAAGUUUCUGAAAACAACAACAGUUUCUAUCUAAUUUAACGCGUUCCAGGAAGAGUAUAAACAGCGUCUGUUUACACCGGAUAAUAAGUUUUUUGGCAUUGCGUACCAAGGCGGCUUUGCAGACCAAUGUAUGUCCUUUUUGUUAAAUUUAUUGUUAUCAAUAAAUAUGGAAAAAAAGGUCGUAAAUCGGUAUAAUACACACGUAACUACCGUAUUUCCCCGACUAAAAGGCGGUUUGCUUAUAAGACGACCCUCUAACCUUGACCCUUAAGUCUGGUCGAUUUUUAAAGCAAACCCGGCACUAAUUUCUCCAAAUCUGUGAUAAUGUUCAAGCUGAGUAUGUUUUGGCCAGACGAUUCCAGGGCAGGACCCCAUAUAUAAAUUAUAGCGUUUAAAGUAUUUAUCUAUUAUGUGCCUGUUGUCUCGGUGAGCGUCUUUUGGGCAUUGAUCAUCGUCUCUUCAGCUAAUUGCAUUCUCUGUAAAAGCUAACACACGUGGAGUUUGUGUCUGCAGGCCAUUGGGUCUUAUUUCUUGGAAGUCAAAAGAAAAACUACUGUAUACGUGUAUAGUUUGUGCAUCUUAUAUUGAUUAUUUAUAUAUAAUAUUAUCUUUGUCUAUUUUCAAUUUGUUUAUGUUGAUUGUUUAUAUUUGUCAUCAUUUUUAUCUAUUCGUAAUGUGUUCAAUUGUUUUAAUUAUAUAUCAAAUAGUGUAGACCUGCGAAAAGCAAAAGUAAGUCUUUUUUUAGUAUUAUAAGUCCGAUAUAAUAGUAUGUUUCUGAGGAGUUUUAGGAGCAUGUCCCAAUUUUAUUAGAUUUAUUCCAGAAUUUUUAAUUUCUGGAGUAGACUAGUCAGUGGUAAACAAGACGAAGUACGUACAAUUGUAUAUCGAACUAUGUUUAAUUUACUUGAUAAAGGUAUAGCAUUUAAUGUUGUCAUUAUUUCCAGUUUUACAGAGACAGAGAACGGUAGUCUUUAGUUUAGAUAAUCUUAGACCCAGUGCCAUUAAACCGGGUUUAUGUUUAAACUUUUUGAUACUGAGCUUGUUUCUGUAGUUUUUCGCAUAAAUAAUGCCAAGAAAAAAAUAUGUACAAUUUUUUCAGAGUAUUUGAUAAUGCAGAAUAUACAUUUUUUUUUAAUUUUAAUACUAAAAUGAAAUCAUCAUUGUAUGAUCAGUAUGUUAAAAAUUGGAGAAGUAAUGUUUAUGAAUCAGUAAAGGGUUUUGAUUAUAUAGACUUAAUACGGCUGAAUUGAAACUAGAGUAUUAUUAAUUAUGUUUACUUAAACACUUGGCUGUUGUUCUUUGCUUUUAGAUGUCUUAAUUCUAGUUUACGAAUAGAAAGCGGUCGUAAGUGUUCUGUUGACAGAUAAAUUAGACUGUGGACAUUGGGCAAUAGGCAAGAUAUAGGUGAUUGGUUUCAAUACCUUUAAAUUGUAGUCAUUCUAUAAAUGAAAGACUUAGAUAUUUAAAUCAUACUUUGUAAUUUUAAUCGUUAUCAGAAAAAAUCUGAAAACAAAACAAAAAUUGUAUAUGCAGAUUAUAUGAAUAUUACUGCAACAGCAACAAUGUAUUGAUAUACAAUUGUGUUGGGCCACAAAUUAUAAGCAACGUUUGAAAUCGGCCCACCUCGCAGUUUCCAUAAAAAUGUAUGGAUUGAAACGUUACGAUAAUUAUUGCAUACGCAUAAAUAGAAUACAGUUGAAACAGUACAGCAUAAUUAAUGAAAAAAUAUAGUGUAGUGCUGAUAAAACGUAAUGCGGAUUGUUAAUUGAGUCGUGUUCUGUAACUUCUGUUUCAUUUGUGUUAUCUAUUGAUCAAGUUGUGCAUAUGUUGUAAUCUUUCUUAAACGUUCUAUAUCAUUAUAAGUAUUGAUUAAGCUGUAUAUACGUUAACUUAUAUUUUGUUUGAUUUUGCUGUUGAUAAGUUGAACAUACAUGUUUUAUUAUAUUCCCUGUUUUACGAUAAGCUGUUGUUGUCGUUUUUAUCUCUCAUACACAUGUGAGCCACAACUAUAAAUAAAACUUGAAUACAUGAA